GUUUGACAUUCUAACCUUGUGAUAUAUAUCACUGAAUGGUCUUACUACAGAAGUGGAACCACCAGUUGUUUACUUGUUUAUCAACUGUCGAAGUUGACUUCCUCGUAAUUUUCCGAAUUGAAUGAAUUUAUAAAUAUGCCUCAUCAAAUUUUGAUGAAACCGGAAGUAGCCGCCAUAUUUGUCACCACCUAAAUGAUUUGCCAGAAGGAAAGGGGUUUGUCAAUGAUAGUGUAUAGUUGUGGCUGUUAGGUAUUUAUAAAUUUUGUGUUUCGUUUGCAAGUUGAAUGGAUUACUCCUACACCAUUUAAUUGGCAGGUGUAAUAUAUAGAACAUCCAACGGAGUGGUACGCUUAAUUGGUUGGAGACGACUUAACUGUAAGUGUGGCAAGUUUUUGUGGUGGGCUUCCUUCUUUUCGACAUGUUUGAGUAGAUGCGGAGGCAGAAGGAAGAUAUGCAAGUCAACGUGGCGGGCUUAAGAAGAAAUAUUAAGAACCUUGCGCACAAUUACUCGGAUGCGCAGGUAAAAGUUCGUGAAGCAACUAGUAAUGACCCAUGGGGCCCAAGCAGCACCCUCAUGUCAGAGAUUGCUGACCUGACAUACAAUGUGGUAGCCUUCACUGAGAUCAUGCAGAUGGUAUGGAAGCGACUCAAUGACCAUGGACGUAAUUGGCGGCAUGUUUACAAAGCCCUUGUUCUUCUAGAAUACCUCAUUAAAACAGGUACAGAAAAGGUUGCUCAGCAAUGUAAGGAAAAUAUCUUUGCAAUCCAGACUUUAAAGGAUUUUCAGUAUUUCGAAGAGAGUAAGGACCAAGGGUUGAAUGUACGUGAGAAAGCAAAACAGCUUGUGUCACUGUUGAAGGAUGAUGAACGUUUACGCAAUGAAAGAGCACGUGCACUGAAAGCUAAGGAGCGCUUUGCUCAAGCAGCUUCAGGGUUCGGAAGUGAGGGAAUGGACACUGUCUCUCCAUCGAGCCCAAGUUUUCCUGCUGGUUUCCAAGGUAGCUGGUCAUCAUGUGAAGUAGAGCCAACAUCCAGAGAGUUGGAAACAGCCCGCCCACAGACUGUUGGGGAAGAGGAGUUACAGCUUCAGUUAGCCCUUGCCAUGUCUCGAGAGGAGGCAGAGCAGGAAGAACAGAGAAGACGUAGUGAUGAUGUGAGACUUCAGCUGGCACUCUCACAGAGUGAAGAGGAGUUUAAUAGGUAUCAUCAUUCUCAAGGGAAAGCUAGUUCGGAAAAACAGAGUCACAUGCUGGACCUUCUAGACGUGAAUCUAGGGAACCAUUCCACCCAUCCACCACAUGCUGCUGCAUUGGACCCGUGGGGCUUCCCACAACCUGUCCCACAGUCGCCCCCAACCAGACCACAGAAUGAUCCUUGGAGUAGUCCAGCAAGUUCAGUGCCGAGUGCCUCAACAAUAGCAUCUCCCACACCAGCAGUAGACCCAUGGACUCCUGUACCUUCCUCUGCAGUAGAACUUGUCCAUCACAAACCACCGGCAGUAGUGGACCCAUGGCGUGCAGUGUCACCACAACCUCCAGCACGGCCAGCUCUACCUGCAAAUGAUCCCUGGUCACCCAGUACAAAUACUGAUCACUCCAGCCCUGGUACUGCCAGUCCGAGAGCUGGCCUCUCAAGCCCCAGUGGAGGAGAUUUGGAUGAGUUUGAUGUUAUAACUAACAGAGAGAGACCAGCAUUGAACAGUUCCCAGGUCAACAAUGUUAACUCACUCAACAAUAAUGGUGGAACAGUGUCACCAGAUCCCUUUGAUAUGAGUCUGCUGGGAGAUUCAUUGGAAAACAAACAGCAGCAGAAGAGGACUCCUCAUAGUUUCCUGGGUGAGAACUCUGCUCUCGUGAACCUGGACAACUUGGUGACAGUCAGCAAACCUCCAUCAGUGGCACCUUCACCAGUGCCACAAGCUCUUUCGAUGGGAACAGCAAAUCCAUUCGCUGGUGUUGCACCGUCACCACCUAACCUCUUCCAACAGCAACAACAGAUUCGACCAAGCAUUAAUCAAAUCAGGCAGCAGCCAUUUGUAGGGAAUGUGCAAGCUCAGGGGAGCACAGAAAGUGCAUGGGGUCCUGCACCUACUCAUCGUCCAGUUUUACCAAACCCUUUACUCCCAUCAGCUCAACCUAAUCCAUUCCUCUCAUAACAUACAAAGGUUUAGUAGAGGCUUGUGACUCCCUUAGACAGGACUAGAGUUCUUGCUAGCAGUGAGUUUGCUUCUAAAUCAACAUGCCAUGGGUAAACUUUUAAAAGCAUGAAGCCCAGAUCCAUAUGUUUCGGCUCUUUUCAUGUGUGGCGCCUUAUUCAUUUACAUGGAGAGAAAUUGGUACAUGCUAUCAGCUGUGAUAUUAAAGCGUGUGAUUUUUUUUUACCUAAGUUUGUAAUACCAGUGUCUUGUAAAGUGGGUUGUGUUGGAGAAAAUUGAUAACUGAAAGUUUGUACAAACUUAUAAUUUUAGACUAAUUAUAGACUAAAAUAUGUGGGAUCUUUUAGUAUAAAAGUAGACCAUGUUUCUAAAAUUGUGUAUAUUCAUAGAUAUUUAUAUAUAUAUAGAUUUGGCCACAUUUUAUUUUGAGAUUUAAUGACAGAUCCUUGCUCCUUUCAUAUCUGUAUACACUUUGCCUCACUGUACUUUGUAUAUUUCUUUACAUACCUACUCUUCUUUCUUCUCAGUGGCCAACCUUUAUUUUUGAUGCAAGGGAAUCCUAUUGUUAGCCAUAAACCACAUUUGAACUCUUCCACCACAGUAAGAGCCCAUUCUGUUGAAAUGAGCCAUGAGGUAGUUCAAUUGUACAUAUAUACCCUAUUAUUGUGACAUUAUAUUCAACUGAAUAUAAUGGUAAUAAAACACUAGUAUCAUGCAGGCGGUUUGGAACAUACAGUUGCUGUGUAAGUUGCUGAGCAUUAAUGUCUCUUGGUGCUGUAUUUGAGAGUUGUGAAGUGUGUAUGUGCUUGGCACCAUGUGGUCAGUGAUAUAUUGCAAAGUUUAAAUUUAAAUUCCUGGCAGGAACAAAGGUUUUGUUCUCCACCACAUCUUGACUGGGGGCACACGGUAGUGUAGUUGGUUGAGGGGAUAUGCUAAAAGCUGGAAGGUCGCAGGUUCAAGUCC